AUGGCAAAUAAAGUUUCCCGAACAGCUGCUCCGGCCGGCGGCUCCAGGUUCCUGGCGGCCGCCGCUGGGGACCCGCAGCAGCUCGGCCUCAGGCUCCAGGCCGGCUCACACCCGCACCUGGACAGAGAGGUGGCGCUCCACGUGGCUUGCCUCCACGGCAGCUGGCCCUGUGUGGAGCUGCUAGUGGAGCGCAGGCUGGUGGAGAUCAACAGCAGCGGCCCCCACGGUCGCCGGCCCGUCCACGUGGUCCUCUCCUCCCAGAGUGCACCCAACUCCUCCGCCUGCCUCAGAUACCUGCUGGAGCACGGGGCGGACAUCAAUGUCCCCACAGACGCAGGGCAGACGCCGCUGCACCUGGCCGCCUCCGAGGGCCUGCUGGACUGCGUUGAGAGGUGCUGGUGCAGGGCCGGGGGCGGACGUGCUGGCACGGACGGGCAUGGGACCACCGCUCUGGACCUGGCACGCAUCUACUGCCACAGGAAGUAUCUGAAGAACUGCAUGUGGCAGCAGAAAAGAAGAAAGAAAUGGGGAGAGGAAGCAAGUCCAGAUGCUCGAUCAGGACCUUGUGGAAAUGGCCAAACUGAAUCACACCAGAAAAACAAGCCGCUCACAGGGGAGCAGAUGGCAGAGUGGGCAAACAAGAAAGGUCUGCCCGUCCUGAAGGAGUUCUCCCCUAAAGUCCUGCUGAGCCAGUACCACACCCAGUGCCUCUUAUCAGGGCAGGACGGCUCCGGUCUCAAACAUGUAAAGGGCCCAAAUAAACCGCAGCCAGGAGGCCCUCCGGAGGACAUGAAUCUCUCCACCUGUCCCGCUAAGUCUCCUGCAGCCUCAGUCCCCAGGCUCCAGCUAGAGAAACCCCAAACAGAUCCAGACCUGAGGGACGUCAUCACCCUGUGGAGUAGCAGCAGCGGGGCACCUCAGUACUGCACCAAGUGGGACAGCACGCCCCGGGCCGCCCCCGACCUGCCGCUGGACAUCCUUAAGAGGCUGCUGUUUCCCCUAGCCUUUCCUUCCAGGAUCGCCUCCCCUUGGCAAUUCCAGCCACAGGACAUCCUGCAGCUGCCGCACCUCGGACGCCCCCAGGGGCAGAGUGCCUCCCCCUGGACAGAGGUGGCCAUGCACCUGGCCGAGGUCCUGGAGCCCGGACACUACUGAGGGUGGACUGCUGCCCUUUGGUGCCAAAUC